UUUAAAUUUACAAUUGUUGGAGCCAACUGACGGAAAUUACUGGAGGCAACUGUUCUAGACGGACAUCAGAACAACUAGAGCAUAAUGAGUAUAUACAAUGAUGAUGAGCUUACACCACCUUCCUGGAUUGAUUGUGAAUUUCUAGAAAUGGUUUUAACACAAUACGAAAAUAAUGGUGAUGAAGUUAAGAUUACAAAUUUUGCUUUGAGUCCAGCCAGCAUGAAGGGAGAUCAUUAUGGCAGUAUUAUGUUUCGCUGCCAGAUUGAAUAUCAUUUUGCCCAGAAUUUGUUGGAGAAGAAGAAAAGAUCCUUAAUUAUCAAAACUGUGCCCGAGGAGGAGAAUAAAAAGCGUGAGCUAUUGAUGGAGACUGGCAUAUUUGAAACGGAAAUUCAAAUGUAUGCAGAAACAUUGCCAAAAAUAGAGAAACUUUUGGCUGCAUAUGGAGAAAAAACCAAAUUGGCACCAAGUUUAUUCUACCACUCCCUGAAACCCCAAAAACUCAUAAUAAUGGAAGAUUUAUGUGAAACUGGCUACUCUGCUGUCAGAGGGCGCUGUUUAAACGAGGAUGAAAUGAAAUUGGUCUACAGUAAAUUGGCCAAAUUUCAUGCGGCCUCCUUUGUACUGGCCCACAGUGAAGACAGUGAGGCCAUAACCAAAUACAAGGAAGGUUUUAUGAGUAUCAGUGUGCCAUUUAUGAAGGAUAUGAUGACAGGUGGUAUGAGUAAUUUCCUCCACCUAAUGGAAAGCCAUGAAGAAUUUCAUAUUUAUGCGGAAAAAGUCAAGGAAAUGUUUAAAGAUUUACCUCAGGCCUGUAAGGAUUUGUUUAAUGCCGUCAAAUUGCCAAUGGGCCAAGGCGACAUUUUUGUUCUGAAUCAUGGAGAUUUUCAUAUGAAAAACCUAAUGUUUAAAUUCAAUGAAAUGAAUCAAAUGGAAGAUCUUAUAAUGGUGGACUAUCAGAUAAGUUGUUAUGCCCCCUGUAAUGCUGAUUUGAUAUAUUCCCAAUAUGUUUUGCUAAGCACAGAGCUAAGAUUGAAACGCCAUGCAUUUAUGCAGUACUAUUUUAGUGAAUUUCUAAGGAUUCUAAAGAAACUAGGCUAUGAGGGAGAAAUGCCUAAGUUUUCACAACUUCAAAUAUCCAAUUUGAAAUAUAGACAUUUUUCCCUUUAUUUGCUGGCUGUUUUGUUGCCUUUGAUUAUUGGUUUCUUAAUGAAAUCAGCUGAGGAGUUGAAAGAUGUGAAUGUUUCUGAAAUGAUGGAAAACUCCGAAAGCAAAGACCACUAUUAUGCAGCGCCAGUAUACAUAGAAGCCGUUCGAAAGUUAUUGCCACAAUUAUUGAAUGAAGGUUAUUUGGAUUAAUUUUGCAAGAAUUUUUCAAUCACAAGCGACUUAAGAUUGCUGUUGUAGAAAACUUUGAAUAAAUUAUUUUAUAAAAAUUUAAA